AUGGCCGGUAUGCAGUACAGCCACAUCACACUCACCACGGCCACGCGCGCCCUCAACAUCACAGACGACCCGUCCGUCGUGCCGGCGGGCUUCCCUCAGAACGCCACUCCAGGCUUCUUCUUCAUGCCCGAGUCCUUCGUGCAUCUCCUGCGCUACCCUCUCUUUCUCAGCCUUUGCGACGGGCGCAUGCUGGAGCUAGCUUGGUUGCAUCGCAUCGACUCGGGGUCAGUGCUCUGCUCAGGUGCUCUUCCGCUCAGGUGCUCUUCCGCUCAGGUGCUCUUCCGCUCAGGUGCUCUUCCGCUCAGGUGCUCUUCCGCUCAGGUGCUCUUCCACGUGACUUUUGAGCCGACUCAAAAGUCACACGGGGUCAGUGGUGCUCUGCUCAGGAACAACAACACGGCGGUGGAUCCGUUCACCACCUUCCCCACCAUCGACAUUGCUUUCCCCUUUAUUAUGAACACCAGUCGCACCGCCCACUUCUAUCUCAAGCCUCACCAGUACCUCGCUCAGGUUUCACCUUCCGAGUACUGCAUGUUGGUCAACCCUCUUAAUCCUGGAAGCAACUACAACAGCUUCAUUGGAGAGCCGGGGCUGCUCGGCAGGUACCUCCUCCUGGACUACACCAAUCAGUAUGCAGGAUGGAUGUAUUCCCCUCACUGUGGAGCUGAGCCUCUGCAGCUGCCACCUCCCCCUCCUCCACCACCCUUGCCUGUUUCCAAUGGGGCCACCCAUUCCCUGUCCCCUCUGCCCGCGGCACUCUCAUCUGCCCUUGUCCUUGCCACCUCCGCCGCCCUGCUUGCUCUCACUCUCCUGUAG